AACCUUUUCAUCCUAAAACCCUAACUUCUGUGCAAGUCUCUGCAACUUGUGAUCGACUAAAAUCACUGGCUAGAAUUUAAGCCGACGAUGAAAUUGUGAAUUUCUUUGGUUUCCAUGGCGAUUUCUGGUUUGUUUUCCUCUUGCAAACCUCAUUUCCCAGUUCGUCCGCCUCUGUUUUACUGCUUGACGAAGCUUCGGUUCACUUCUGUUGCUGCAAUUGAAACAAUUGAUGAAUCAGAUGCCUUUGACAAGGACACAGCGCGAUAUAACAAGGGUUCUGACGGAAAAAGAACUGAAGGGAAUGGUACGAUUCGUGAGUGGAAGAAAUUAAAUUCUAAAGACCUUGGAAUAAGCACUUCUAUGAUUGCAAAACCCACAAGACAAGUGCUUAAUGGACUUAAGAAAAAAGGAUUUGAGGUUUACCUCGUGGGAGGCUGUGUGCGGGACCUUAUUUUGAAGAGGAUACCAAAAGACUUUGAUAUCCUCACUUCUGCAGAACUUAGAGAGGUAGUUAGAACUUUCUCAAGAUGUGAAAUUGUUGGCAAAAGAUUUCCCAUCUGUCAUGUGCACGUUGGGGAUGAUAUAGUAGAGGUUUCGAGUUUUAGUACCUCUGCACGCAACUCGCCUAGAAACAUGGUUUCUGAUUUUGGAGAAGCAAGCUGGUCAGACAACCAGGACUGUAUCCGGUUUAAUAAUUGUUUGCAGCGUGAUUUUACUAUUAAUGGGUUGAUGUUUGACCCAUAUGCCAAAGUUGUGUACGACUAUCUGGGAGGAAUAGAAGAUAUUAGAGAAGCUAAAGUUCGGACGGUGUCUCAUGCUGGGACGUCUUUUCAAGAGGACUGUGCCCGGAUUCUUCGUGCAAUAAGGAUUGCUGCCCGUUUAGGUUUUAGGAUUUCCAAGGAGACAGCUCAUUUCGUCAAGAACCUUUCCUUCCUUGUAAAAAGGCUUGACAAGGGAAGAAUUAUGAUGGAAAUGAACUACAUGUUAGCGUAUGGAUCCGCGGAAGCUUCUUUGCGAUUGUUGUGGAAAUUUGGGAUUCUAGAAAUUCUUCUUCCAAUUCAGGCAGCAUAUUUUGUUCGAAGUGGUUUCAGAAGACGCGACAAGAGGUCUAAUAUGCUCCUGUCUCUCUUCUCUAAUUUGGAUAAACUUCUGGCACCUGAUAGACCUUGCCACAGCAUCUUAUGGAUAGCAAUCUUGGCAUUUCACAAAGCACUCACAGAUCAACCUCGGGAUCCUUUAGUGGUUGCUGCAUUUAGCCUUGCUGUCCACAAUGGCGGAGAUCUAUUUGAAGCUGUGAAAAUCACAAGGAAAAUCACUAAGCCGCACAACAGAAGCUUCUUCGAGCUAGUAGAACCACAGGAUAUGGACCUCAGAACCAUGCUCGAUGAGGUCAUGGAUCUUGAUGCUUCUGUCAAAGAUGCCUUAGGACAGAUGACUGAUGAAUAUUUUGUUUCUAAGGCAAUGUCGGCCUAUCCUCAAGCACCUUAUUCAGAUCUGGUGUUUAUACCGUUGCAAUUGUAUCUGAGGGUAGGCAGAAUUUUCCAUUGCGUGAAAGAUGAUGUAGAGAAGGGCUUUGUGCCUAAGCAAGGCAGCAAAAUUAACCAUGCGUCUCUAUCUGAAGGGAACCUCCCAGAAGUUCGGCAUGUAUUUGCAAGGGUUGUGUUUGACACUGUCUUCCCGUUAAAGUAACACUUGGCAUCGGCUGCGUACAAACUGAGUUAUGGUAGAAAGCUAAAGAAAAUUCCGUGUACGAUGGCAGAAAAAUCUGUGUACAAUGACCUACAUAUGUAGAUCAAUAAGCUGUCUGGAAGCUGAGUUUUGUUUCAUUGACAUCAAUUUUUUUUUUAAAAAAAAUAUUCUUUUCCA